CCGCUGGUCCUCGCAGGAGGGUGUGUUUACAUUGACGUCACAGCAGUUUGACGAAAGGAUCAAGCCCUAAUAUAUUUACAUCAUGUUUCAUGGGAUACCGGUCACAGCAGGAGUGGGUGGAGCUCCAGCAAAUAAACCUGAGUUAUACGAGGAAGUGAAACUUUACAAAAAUGCAAGAGAAAGGGAGAAGUAUGACAACAUGGCGGAGCUGUUUGCUGUUGUGAAAACUCUUCAGGCCUUGGAGAAGGCUUACAUUAAAGACUGUGUCACACCUAAUGAAUACACUGCUUCCUGUUCCAGACUGUUGGUUCAGUAUAAGGCCGCUUUUAAACAGGUGCAGGGCUCCGAUGUCGGCUCCAUUGAUGAUUUCUGCAGGAAGUACAGACUUGAUUGCCCACUCGCCAUGGAAAGGAUUAAGGAGGAUCGGCCAAUCACCAUCAAGGAUGACAAGGGGAACCUGAACCGCUGCAUUGCAGAUAUAGUCUCGCUCUUCAUCACAGUGAUGGACAAGCUGAGAUUGGAGAUAAGGGCCAUGGACGAGAUCCAGCCAGACCUGAGGGAACUGAUGGAAACCAUGAACAGAAUGAGCAAUAUGCCUCCAGACUCAGAGGCCAAGGACAAAGUCAGCCUCUGGUUGACCACCCUCAGCAGCAUGUCAGCCUCAGACGAGUUGGAUGAUAAUCAGGUGCGCCAGAUGUUGUUUGACCUGGAGUCGGCCUACAAUGCCUUCAACCGCUUUCUACACUCCUCUUAAAGCACCGAUCCAUCAUCGACGAUAUCUGUCUGAAAUUCUGACUCUAAUAUCUCUUAAGUUAAAAAACACUUUUCUUUCUCUUUGACGUUAUUUGGAGAAUGUUUUCUGCCUCAUAACCCCAAAUUCUUUCCCUCCAUUGUUUCCUUUGUUCUUUAUUAAUGUGUAUUUGUAUUACUCCACUGACAUUACUCCAUACUGACACAGUACGUUUACAUGCACAGAAAAGUCAAACUUCAUGUUCUGCACAUGCUUUACAGUCCCUGCAAGACUUUGUUUAUGAGCAUAAAUGCUACCACAGCAGGUAUCACGUUGUCUGCCUACAGAUGUUACCAUAAUCCAGAGGGACUUUGCAUUUGUGCCAAACAUAAAGUGUAGAGUUGGUUUGAAAUGUAUGACAUGCUCACAUUAAUAAAUGGAUUCUCUUGGUUUUCACGUAUAGUGGGAUAAUCGCAGAAGUCCAGUUAAUCAGCCUAACUGAGCUAUAAUUGUGGUUUGACUUAUUGGUGCAUGUAAACGUACUGUGCGUCUGGUACAUCAGACUCCUCCUAUGCUGUGAGAUUCCUCGUCAACCUCUUUUCUUGUCAAACCUCAGUGACAGAUCCUGUAAUACUGGCUGUUUAUUCUGCAACAACAGAAAAAAGUUUACCUGUAACUUUAUAAUAUUAAAAAGGUCUAAUUUUGUACUUCAUUUUUGCAAAGCACCAAAAAAAGAAUCUUACAUUAUAAUUGGCAAAAGUCCACACAUAGAGAAAAGGUUCAAACAGCCAAAGCCUUCGUAUCUUUAAAAAUUGAGGGUUUUUUCUCUAAGGUACCUGUGUUUAAUCCAUGACUUGUAACAUGGGGUCAGAUGAGCAGAUUUUGCUCAACACACCAUGUUUUUUAGAAGAUUAAUAAAACAAUAUUUUUUUCUUGAAAGGGUAGAAAGAAUAAUCGUUUCAGAUAAUGGGAGAAAAAGCAGCUGAUGUCAAGUCACUUAAAGAUGAUUAGACUGCACUCUACAUUAGUAAUUAAACAUUUGGUGGAAGGAAUUAUUUAUGUACAUCUUUAUGUUAACUUGCAUAAUCCAUGUUUCCUUUUGAAGUGAGGGUUUGGCCACAUGAAGUGGGCAGAAGCGAGGUGGACACACCCCCACCAUAUUUUUGCUUGCUAAAUAUGUUUCAGCCCUCAGACACCAUUAGGGAGAGCAUAUUUAUUAAGGUUUAUCAUUGUAAAUAAUAGUUUUGAUUUUUAAAUAAGACCAUGUAACACCUUUUAGAAAUAAAGAUGAAAAAUAUA